AAAAUAGAAGUUGAAGUUUUUUUGUAACGUAAAGUAGCAAUCUCAAGAUCAGUUGCAUUAUCUUUGGUGGCACCUUUGGCAAUGGAUGGUAAUUGCAUGUUCGCUUAUGAACCAAACAUGUUCUAUCACCGAGGAGAACAGACAUCACUAACUGUUAGUGACUCUGGUGCAAGUCACAUCAGACACCCGGUUCAUAAAAACUGUAAAUGCGUCUCAAACUAUGUCAUGCUGGGUUCUUGAAUUUGAGUAAAUCUAGCCUGGACAGUCUUUAAGUUUUAGGUUAAAGAAGGUGUGGGAACCCUGUCUGUGGUAGAAAUAGGAGCAGAGAUACUUUGAAUGGUAUUGUUUUGCCUUUACUGAUUUAUUGCGCUUGGUCAUAUUCAUUGUGUGAACCUCCAAAAAUAACUUAACACACUAUUUCAGUAGGUGCACCAUAAGUUGUGACACUUGAUGACAAGUGUCUGUUGCAGCAUCAAUGAGAAACACAGGACUAUUGUGAGCCACAAAGCUGUUUGAUGUGCUGUAAUGGCAGAUACAACCAUGUGUGAAGCAUAGAAACAGCACAUCGGUAUGAAGAAUCUCUCCCUCUAGUUUUCAGUACUGCCAAGAUACUUUUAUAUCCUCUAGUUUUGUAAAUUGUCACCUUCUUCACAGCUGACCAACUAUGAUAUCAACAUCUCACACCACCAGUCAUUCAUAACUGAAUGAAAUAAGAAAGGAGACUUGAGCAGCCUUAAAUAGAUCCCCCGCAUAUUUAGAGAAGUACCCAGAGAUAAGUGCUCCUGAAAGACCAUGGAGUUUAUAUGUUCGCUCUGUACAUGUGUUUUGGGAUGAAAAGAGUGCUUUCUCUCUGUGCUGGUCUUGUAUGCCCUGUAGAGACAGGCUGUAAUCAACGUGGACGAAAUUAGAGAGGACUCAGUGGGAGGCAGAGAAGUCUUAGGACUCGCCCCACCAAGUACAGAAAUACACAUUUCCCUAAAACAUGGGACUGUUGUACCAACUGCAGUGUCUUUGCAUGUGUCAUUUUUGCCAUUAGUUUUAAAGCAGAAAGCUCAGGUUAAGCUGUGUCUGUCAGUUUAAUGAGCCAAGCUUUGAACGAGUCAACACAUAUUCUGGUAAAUUACACUUUUAUUCCAAAUACUGCCCAUUUCUACAGAUAAACGUUUUUCAGUGAUCUAUGUAUUAUAAAAUGUCAUCAUGCACACAGGGUCAUGCUGCAUGGCUGUUCUCUCCAUAAUAAUUCCCAAAAAACGGCAGAAUAAAAAUGACUGCUUCAUAUGAGCAGGAGGAUGAAGACUGAGGAUGGGAGGUUGAGAAAGAGGGAGGAGAGGCUGAAAAUAGAGGGCUGAACAUCAGUUUGCAGUAAGAAGCCUUUUUAGAGCUCAGUAAAAAAAACUCUCAGUAUAACACAGCAGGGAGGGUGAACGCUCGGAAACUCUCCUUCAUUCUUACUUUCCUCUCGUCACUCUGUCUCCCCCCUUUUUUCCUCUCUGUCUUCUGCACUGCAUUGAGCUGUCUAGAAGAUAAACCAAGGAUAACGCAUACUGACUCAGAAGAUGAAGUCUCACUUGGUUUUUCACGUCACUUGUGUGACCCUGCUCUCACUGUGGUGUAGUGUGUGUCACUCCGCUCCUAUGUUCUACAACAUAUCCAUGGACGGCAGUGGUGACGCGGAGCUGGAGCUCCUUUUCCCAAUCUCUUUCUCCACCCGAGCACCUGUUCAAAUCACCACUGCUACUGGACCUCCCACCCUCACCAACACCAUCACCACCACCAUGAUCCGCCUGAAGGACUUCGUCCUGAGCCGGGUGGUGGAUUUCCUGCAGGAGAAUUUGCUCAUUAUCAUCGUGGUGACCUCUCUUCUCAUCGUCAUGGUCUUCAUCAUCUGCUGUGCCUCUGCCAUGAGUCAUAAGCGCAAGCUGGAGGCCUACAAGCCCCCUCCUCACCCACCCAGGAAGUAUAUGGCAGAUAAAACAGGUGGAAGCAAGAAUUCAAGCGAGGUCCAGGAGAGGCCUUACGCCGUCGACCACGUCAAGAGGGUCCAGACUCAAAGCUCCCCCAAGAACCUGCGCAUGCCCUCUAAGGCUCUGGUGGGGGAGAGAGGGAGAGACGUCAGGUCAUCACCUCGCCAGGAGGUCAGAAAGGUCCAGGAGGCGGAGGAGGUGGAAAAGCGGAGAGAGGAACCGAAGCACAAAGAGCAGUUGAAGCACAGGGAGGAGGUGCAGCAGAGCUCCAGCCCCAGCACCAGCUCCAGUCAACCGGUCUGCACCUGCCAUCUGAAAAAGGCCCACCACUAGGUCAUGACCAAGGAUCUUGAUGGCAAAAGAGGUGAAAUGUUUCGACCAUGACAUAAAACAAAAUGUGUCAAACAUCUUUUAAUUGAAAGAGCUUUUUACAGAGGGAAAUGUAUGUAAGUGAAGAUCAUGCCUCAUAUGAAAAAUGAUCCAUCUUUGAAACCCUUAAAUCUAAACACUUAUAUAUGAAAUACUACAUUACAAAGAAAAAGAAAACAGAACAGAAGAUUUGUGGACAGAAAGCAAUCACACAAAUGUGUUUGUGCACAAGUCUACAAAUGUUACCCACAUCUCCAAGCACGUCUCUACGUUUCUGAUUCAAGUCGAGUUUAAAUGGGGGAUGUGGAGAUGUGGGCGAGGUUGUUGAUUUGUUGAAGUGGUCAGUCCUUUGGUUUUAUCAGCGAUUGCAGAACAACCAGUUCUCAACAGCCUGAUAUCAAACCGUUGUGCUAUUGAGGUCGCAUCACUUCAGGAAAUAAAAGUUUUUUGUUGUUUUUUUAAGUGGAGAAAGACCUGAAAAAAACUAUUAUCUUAAAAUUAUAAAGAAUGGAUUUGAAUUUCCCAUGUUUGCCAAAUAGAAAUGACAAAAAUAGUAAGUAUUCAUGUGUUUUUAAUACAGAGAUGUAUUACUCCAUAUGCCUGCCAAGACAGAGGAAUCUCCUCAGUCUGUCCUGCUGUACGCCACGACAUCUUUUUAGCAGCUAAGAGCCUUUGGCUGAAUCAGUCUGUCAUUUAAAGAAAAAUCUCUGGUGCUGUAAAUAAAGCAGUAAACUUGACUUGUUGGACUUAACAAGAAAACACUCUCUUUAUAUUUACAUUCAUAUUUACCUGAUUUUUCUUUUUUUUUUUGCAUAAUGUUAUGUUAUGUCAUAUCAUAUUGUAUUUUACUUUAAGAACCUAUUUAACAAAGCUUUAUACCAAAAGUAAAAUUUGUAACUGUGUUAUUUCCGGGUAGCUGAAGUUAAAACAUACAUAUAUCUACUAUCUGUUUGUCUACAUAUUUAUAUGGUUGUUAAUUUUGAUCUGCCUUCAACUGGCAUGUACAUUAAAAGCAGGCUUUUUUGGUAUAAAAACUUUGUGAAUAAGGGUUUGAGUUUUUCUAAAUAAGUAAUAUUUCUGUAUAAGAUAAAUUAUGAUUUUUGUUUUUAAUGUAAUGAUUUGUAAUGAGUCAAAAACUUGAGUACAGGGAUAGAUAGUUGGUCUGUUUUUGAUGGUCUCACAGGUUUAACUUUGACUCAUGGUGGCUAAAAAAGGAUUUAAAAAUUAAAAGCAGAGAAGUGUGUAUUUGGUGUUUAGUUAUCUGAUCUUGUUUGAUUCAAAUUCCAGAUUGCACUGGUGAGGAUCAUCCAACUCCCUGUCCCAUUACUUAAGUUAAUGAUUCUGAGAAUUAGUGUGUGAUAUACAUUUUGUGUGAUUUAUGGGCCAGACUUUUGUCAUGUUUAAAUACUCUUUUCCGCUGAACCUCAGAUUUGAUUUUUGUCCUCAGAUGUUUCAAGACAGAUGCUUUCUCUGUAAGUGACAGUUUUAUUGUUUACAAAAUGCUUAUGAUUAAUAAAAGUGUUGGUACUGA